AUGAGGGCUCCCAGGGCCGUCAGAGUGCCGAAUGGCGGCCUCUUUACAGGCGCAAAGCCAACGAGUAGGGCUUUCAGCUUCGCCGUCAACGUAAAGGCACCCACAGCGACCCAGGCGACACCGUCGUCAUGGAAGCUCGCCGCCGAGACCUCCUCCAGACGCGCCUUCUCCACGACCUCCCGCGCCAGGUCCGCCGCCGCCGAGGCCCUCCGCAUGGCCCAGGAGAACGCCGCUGCCCUGACCCCCGAGGUCGUCGCCGCCAAGAUGAGCCCCGAGGAGGCCCAGCGCCUGUCCCGCGUGCGCAAUAUCGGUAUCGCCGCCCACAUCGACUCCGGAAAGACCACCUGCACCGAGCGAGUUCUGUUCUACUCGGGCAAGAUCAAGGCCAUCCACGAGGUCCGUGGCAAGGACUCCGUCGGCGCCAAGAUGGACUCCAUGGAUCUCGAGAGAGAAAAGGGCAUUACCAUCCAGUCUGCGGCUACCUUCGCCGACUGGAAAAAGGUCGAAAACGGAAAAGAGGAAACAUACCACGUCAACAUCAUCGAUACCCCCGGUCACAUUGACUUCACCAUCGAGGUCGAGCGCGCCUUGCGCGUUCUCGAUGGUGCCGUCAUGAUUCUCUGCGCAGUCAGCGGUGUCCAGUCCCAGACCAUCACCGUCGACCGUCAAAUGAAACGCUACAACGUCCCCCGCAUCAGCUUCGUGAACAAGAUGGACCGCAUGGGUGCCAACCCGUGGAAGGCCGUCGAGCAGAUCAACAAGAAGCUCAAGAUCCCGGCUGCCGCGAUCCAGGUCCCCAUCGGUGCCGAGAGCGAGUUCCAGGGCGUUAUCGACAUCAUCGAGAAGAAGGCUUACUAUUUCGAGGGCCCCCGUGGCACCCAGGUCAAGGUCACCGACACCCUGCCCAACGGCUACGCGGACAUUGUCGAGGAGAAGCGCCAGGAGCUCAUCGAGAAGCUUGCCGACGUCGACGACGAGAUUGCCGAGAUCUUCCUCGAAGAGCAGACCCCGACCAUUCCCCAGAUCAAGGCCGCCAUCCGCCGUUCUACCAUCGCCCUGAAGUUCUCUCCCGUCAUGAUGGGUUCCGCCCUCGCCGACAAGGGCAUCCAGCCCGUCCUCGACGCCGUCUGCGACUACCUGCCGAACCCCUCCGAGGUCGAGAACAAGGCUCUGGACAAGAAGCGCAACGAGACCGAGGUCAAGCUGGUUCCCUACAACUCGCUCCCCUUCGUCGGUCUCGCCUUCAAGCUCGAGGAGAACAACUACGGCCAGCUCACCUACAUCCGCGUCUACCAGGGCAAGCUCCGCAAGGGAACCUACCUGUUCAACUCCCGCACCGACAAGAAGGUCCGCAUCCCCCGUAUCGUGCGCAUGCACUCCAACGAGAUGGAGGACGUCAGCGAGAUCGGCGCCGGCGAAAUCUGCGCCGUCUUCGGUGUCGACUGCGCCUCCGGCGACACCUUCACCGACGGAAACCUGCCCUACACCAUGUCCUCCAUGUACGUCCCCGACGCCGUCAUGUCGCUGUCCAUCAAGCCCAAGCGCACCAGCGACGCCGACAACUUCUCCAAGGCCAUGAACCGCUUCCAGCGUGAGGACCCCACCUUCCGUCUGCACGUCGACGAGGAGUCCGAGGAGACCAUCAUUUCCGGUAUGGGUGAAUUGCAUCUGGAGAUCUACGUCGAGCGUCUGCGCCGUGAGUACAAGGUCGACUGCGAGACCGGCAAGCCCCGCGUCUCGUACCGUGAGACCAUCUCCCGCAGGACCGACUACGACUACCUCUUCAAGAGACAGUCCGGUGGUCCUGGUGACUACGCCCGUGUCGCUGGUUGGAUCGAGCCCUUCGAGGACCCCGAGAAGAACUACUUCGAGACCCAGGUCGUCGGUGGCACUAUCCCCGACAAGUUCCUCACGGCUUGCGCCAAGGGUUUCGAAGAGGUCACCGACAAGGGUCCCCUCCUGGGCCACAAGGUUAUUGGUGCCAAGAUGAUUGUCAACGACGGUUCCACCCACGUCACUGAUUCCUCCGACUACGCUUUCAACCUGGCCACCCAGAUGGCUUUCCGCAAGGCCUUUGACGAGGCCGGCGGCGCCGUCCUGGAGCCUCUGAUGAAGACCACCAUCACCGCCCCCAACGAGUUCCAGGGUAACAUCAUCAUGCUGAUGAACAAGCGCAACGCCACCAUCCACGACACCGAGAUCGGCACUGAGGACUUCACCCUCAUCUGCGACUGCAGUCUGAACUCCAUGUUCGGCUUCAGCUCCCAGCUUCGCGCCGCCACCCAGGGCAAGGGCGAGUUCAGCAUGGAGUUCAGCCACUACGCCGCGGCUCCUCCUCACCUUCAAAAGGAGCUUGUUGCCAACUACCAGAAGGAGUUGGAGGCCAAGCGCACCAAGUAA